ACGUCGAAAAAGGGGGUAGUGCGAGUAUGUGUAAAACAGAGCGGAGGUGAAGAAGAGGAGGAUGAAGCUGGGAGCGGAGCACGGGAUGAAGAGUGGUGUGAGAGAGAAAGACAGACAGGCUGGCUGGCUAUCAAGGGCUUGUGUCUGCAUGUAUGUGUGACGUGUGAAUGCGUAAAUGUCUGAAAGAGGCUUCGAUGGGAGUUUUUUCUCAGCGCGGGAACAAAGAAGCAUUUUUUUACUACCCAGAGAAACAUUGUAACAGAAACUUUAAACUUUUACCCGCCAGAGCGGCCGUGCCGGGACCCGGCUUUGUCUUGCGUCAGGGGAAAUACUUCAAUACAUGCGAUAAUAUAGACAGCUGCACCACUUUUGGAUACGUAUUUUUUGUCAUCACCACGAGGAGAUUUUAAAUUUUUUAUUUGUUUACGAAAGCGAGAGAAUGGCGGCCAACAUGUACCGAGUUGGAGAUUACGUGUAUUUUGAAAACUCCUCAAGUAACCCUUAUCUGAUCCGCCGAAUAGAGGAACUCAACAAGACGGCCAAUGGAAAUGUAGAAGCCAAGGUGGUCUGUCUCUUUAGGCGGAGAGAUAUAUCUGCCAACCUGAACACUUUGGCUGAUAGCAAUGCAAGGGAUUUUGAAGAAGAGUCCAAGCAACCGUCAAUGUCUGAACAGCAAAAACACCAGCUCAAGCACAGAGAACUUUUUUUGUCUCGACAGUUUGAGUCUCUCCCAGCCACACACAUACGAGGCAAAUGCAAUGUCACGCUUUUGAAUGAAACUGAUGUUUUAACUGGUUACCUAGAAAGAGAGGACUGUUUCUUUUACUCGCUGGUGUUUGACCCAGUACAGAAGACGCUGCUGGCUGACCAGGGGGAAAUAAGAGUUGGAUCCAAAUACCAGGCAGAGAUUCCUGACAAAAUGGGUGAAGGGGAAUCAGAUAUUCGAGCGCAGGAGAAGCUUGAGACAAAGGUUUGGGAUCCUAAUAACCAGCUGAAAGAUGCUCAGAUAGACCAGUUCCUGGUAGUGGCACGAGCUGUUGGCACCUUUGCCCGUGCACUUGACUGCAGCAGUUCCAUCCGCCAGCCUAGUCUGCACAUGAGUGCAGCUGCAGCAUCUCGGGACAUCACACUGUUCCACGCCAUGGACACUCUGCAGAAGAAUGGCUAUGACCUUGCCAAGGCCAUGUCCACACUGGUGCCGCAGGGCGGCCCGGUGCUGUGCAGAGAUGAGAUGGAAGAGUGGAGUGCAUCAGAAGCCAUGCUGUUUGAGGAGGCUCUGGAAAAAUAUGGCAAGGACUUCAAUGAUAUCCGCCAAGAUUUUUUACCCUGGAAGUCCUUAGCUAGUGUGGUCCAGUUCUACUACAUGUGGAAGACUACUGAUCGUUACAUCCAGCAGAAACGACUAAAGGCAGCUGAGGCAGACAGUAAACUGAAACAGGUGUACAUCCCCACCUACACCAAACCUAACCCCAAUCAGAUCAUGGCCCCUGGUAACAAACCUGGCAUUAACGGAGCCGCCGGGUAUCAGAAAGGCCUCAGCUGUGAAAGCUGCCACACUACCCAGUCUCAGCAGUGGUAUGCAUGGGGCCCGCCCAAUAUGCAGUGCAGACUCUGUGCGUCCUGCUGGAUUUACUGGAAGAAGUACGGUGGUCUUAAGACCCCCACCCAACUAGAGGGUGCUGCAAGGGCCGGCUCAGAUGCAGCUCCACGUGGUCACAUGACCCGUCAGGAAGUGCAGGGCAUGUCCCCUUUCACCAGCAGUGCUGGAAGAGCAAAACUUCUAGCUAAAAACCGGCAGACCUUCAUCCUGCAGACUACCAAACUCACACGAAUCGCUCGUCGGGUGUGCCAGGACAUCCUGCAGUCUCGCAGAGCAGCCCGUCGCCCGUAUGCUUCAAUUAACGCCAAUGCUGUCAAAGCAGAGUGUAUGAUAAGACUUCCUAAAGCAGCAAAGAGUGGUAUCAAAUACCGCACUGUUCCUCGGCCAUCCCUCAUAAAUAUAGUAAAAGAAUUAGCUGAUCAAGCUCCCCUGAAACUGAAAGCCCCUCGAGGUGCUCCAACUCCUAUCAACCGUAACCAGGGCAACCAGCCACGGAGUGCGUCUGCCCUGCUGGGCAAGAGGCCCUUUGAUAAUGUCAUUGGAGGUAAUUCUUUCUCCACUAAUGGAAGACCAUUUACAUCAGGGAUGAGAGCAGCCAACCAGUCAGUUAUUAAGAGGCAGAAGGUCAGUCAAGGAGAUGCACCAAAUCCAGUGGUGUUUGUGGCUACAAAAGAUACUAGAGCCAUGAGGAAACACCUCACUCAGGGAGAGAUGAGGCGGGCAGCCAGAAAACCACACAUCCCAGUUAGGGCCAAACUUCCACUGCCACCCCGGCCCCUUCCUGUACCCAUUUUACCCUCUAGCACAAGCGAGCCAAUAGUGUUGGAGGACUAAACAAUGUUCCAACAAAAUAUCGUUUGCAAGAGCAUGUUAAAUCCAGCGAUCAUCAGCUGUUCUUCUCUGUUCCUUGUCUUUGGUUAUCACCUAAACAAGAACACACUUAAAUGCACAGAAUAUUAUAUACUACAUACUCCUACACCAGCAAACACAAGACUUCAUAGCUUUUUACUCCUAGUGUUAUACUUCGUUUAAAUUUCUCCAGUCCCUAUAAUUUUAAUGCAAGUAAUUAAUUUCAAGCUGAUUGUUCAUUCAUAAGUGGUUUAAAAGCAAACUUUAUUUUCCUCCAGUUCUGUAUUAAUUUGUAAAAAUAUUAACAGGAUUAUCCAACAGUGUGAUGUGUAUCAAUGGAGGGGUUUAAAUUGUGUAAGGGAGCCUACACUCUUGGUAACACUGUGUUCUUAAUUUCUAAAGCAUGGAGUAUGGGCAGUUCUCGGUUUCGUAAUAAUGAUUGCAAUUUUUUAACCAGUACAUGUGACUAUAGACUCUGCAGAAUUGCUCAUCAUGAAGAGCAAUAAAAAAAAUGUUCCCUAAAUAUUUCUUUUUGUAAAACACAUUUUAGUUUGGAUCCCAAAUCUUACAAUGUAUAUACUAACGUCAGUGAUAUUAAGGUCUUGUAGGGUUCAACCUGAAAGGCUGUGUUAGUAUAAAAACAAACUGUUGAAAAAGGCUUCUAAUUUUGUAGGUUUUGAAAGAUGUUCAUAAGACUGUAAGGCAAAUCUAAGUUUGAGAUUCCCAUGAGGUGUCACAAUUUGUUUAUCCUGUUGUGUGCCUCAAGAUUUAAUAUUUUCCUUACAUGACACCCUGAACAAAGCCAUAAAAGUUUGUUUUUCACUUUUGCUUUUCCAUAAAAAGUUCACAUUUGUGUUUUAAAGGUCUUUGUUUUGAGUAAAUCAAAAUGUUAUCCAAAAGGCAACUGGAAAGAUAAUGUUAGUGAUUGUAGAUAAUAAAAUGGUAGGAAUUCAGUGACAGUGGUAAAGAUCAUGUUUUUGAUUCUUUUGUAGUAGUGGCUCAACUAUAGGCAGAUAUUAAUGCAUAUUCUCCCCCCACCACCCUUUUUUGUUGUAAAUGUUGGCUGAUGUCUAGAGCUGAACAGUUGAAUUUUUUGACAGAUUUCCUGGCUUGAAAUUUGUUAACUAAAUUUUUAUUGUAAAUCCUGCCCUGUUUAGGGGUUUUGUAAUGUUUUGUAAUGCACUGCAUAUUAAAGACACAAAUAAUUGUUAACCUGUCCCAUUUUAAGCAUCAUCAGUUUUUUUAUGAAGAGGGUUUAUGCCCCUUCAAUGUUCUGGCAAAGCAUUAACAAAAAAAUGUUUUCCAUAGGGUGGGGAAGGAGGAAUGGCUGAUUUUAGGGUUUGAUGCAAAGGUGUGAAUGAUUUCUGUUUUGUGUAUCAAAAUUUGUUUUAAUUCACAACUGAAACCUUUCUCCGGAACUUUUUUAAACUCUAGUGUCUGUAUCCUUAAUGUUUCUUGUGAGAAGAAAAUGAAUAAAGAUUUUUGUUUGUGAUC